AUGAGUGGAGACGAUCUCAGAGCUGCAAAACUUCUCAAAUUUCUCAAGGUCUUCCUUGAUGGCGAACAACCUCUGGUCCAAAAAUUCAGCGCGCGCUUUUUCGAGGCUAUUUGUGCCCAACGCGAUGCGACAACCUGCAUCAGCAUGGUCACAUCGAGCAAACAUGGGCUUCAAUGCAUACAUAUCGCAAUGGGACUUGACUUGACCAUGACCUUCUUCAACGGUCCUGCGACAGACCUGUUUAGGUAUAUUUCUACAUCAGAUGUUACUAGGGAAGGCAUGGACAGCCUGACCAAGAUGAUCAUGGCGAUCAUCGAGCCGCCCGUAUUCUUGUCUGCGUUCACAAAGGCAUUCCGGGAUGGACAGUUGAGCGAUGAUGGACAGUUUGGAUUUGCAUGGCUACUCCUUCAGCUGAUCUCGCUGCCCGGAGAAUCGGCCAUCCCUCAUCGUGAGCUCGCUAAUAACCCCGCGAUCUCCGCCGCCCUCCUUUCCUCCCCUCGUGACGAUGUACGUGAGCUUGCAACUCAGAUCAAGAACAUCCUCGACACGGUCCGCCUCGGCGUGUCUGGCGCCCCCUCAGGCAUUGACCCAUCGCGCGGUCCAGGCGGACGACACGACAAUGACUUUGCAGACUUCCGCGCAAUCGCGAUCCUCCCGACUGCAGACGAACUCUCAUGCUCUCACGCAUCAUUCCUCCGCCCAAGUGCCGCCCUUGAAGAUCCAGAGACGGCAGAACUACGCGUUGCCACGCACCUAGACAACCAAUUCCGCUUGCUCAGGGAGGACAUGCUGUAUGAGAUGCGCGAUGAGCUUGCCAUUGCUCUCGGGAAGAAGAAGGGGAAGUUUCGCGGACUCACCAUUGAUGGCCUCACUCUUCUUGGCGUGCAUUGUCAGUCAUCUGAAGACAAGGCGUGCAAGUGGGGUAUUACAUUGAAGAGUCAUAAGGAUCUUUACUGGUUCAAGAAAGUCAAGCCAGAGGCCCGCCUUGCGCAUCUCCGCAAAAACAAGAAAAUAUUUCGACACCAGUCUAUGACAUGUCUCAUCGUCGAUGGAGAGAUUGUCGCGUUUCCGACAGUUGAUCGAGAAGAGACACUGCUCGCGAAGGAUCCACCCGUGAUCGUGGUUCAGCUCGAGGAUGCAGCGAGCACCACUCGUGCUCUUCUAAAGCUUCAGACGUCCAAGCACAUCAAACUGCUUCAAAUUGAUACUGCCGUCUUCGCAUACGAACCCGUCCUGACUGCGCUGAAGGAGAAGCAAGGACUGCCUUUUGCGCUUGAACUGCUAUUUUGGAACGAUCAGAGCCAGAUGAGGUCUCUGUCUGCCUCGCCAUCGCAUAUUGUCGAGGCUCUUCGAAGGAAUCCUUCCCAAAAUCUCCAAGAGUACUUCAACACACCAGGUCGCAUCGUUCUCGACGAGGCGCAGUCUGCGUCUCUCCUUUCAGGUCUUACACAGAGAGUCUCGUUGAUACAAGGGCCUCCAGGUACCGGCAAAUCGUUCAUCGGCGCGCUUCUUGCUAAGGCACUUCACGACUUUUCCUCUGGUACCAUUCUGGUGGUAUGCUAUACAAAUCACGCCCUUGAUCAAUUCCUCGAAGACCUCUUGAAGAUUGGCAUUCCCGAAUCAAGUAUCGUCCGUUUAGGCGGCAAGUCAACAACGAUGACGGCCUCUUUAGCAUUGAGAAUGCAGACGAAGGUCACUCGAUUGAAUCGAGAUGAUUGGGCUGGGAUUAAUCGCAUGCGAUCCGAAGCUAGUGGACUGCGUGUACACCUGGAGAACAGCUUUCAAGCCUACACAUCAGUCAGUUCGAACAUCACGAGUACCCUGGAUCAUCUUCGAUCUAGCUUUGAUAAGCGGCUGUACUUUGCUGCGUUCUGCGUCCCGGAGUCGGAUGACGGGAUGUACACAAUCGGGCGGAGCGGCAGAGAUGUCAGGCCGGAUUAUCUCCUCGAUCGUUGGGCCAAGGGCCAAAAUGCAGGGGUGUAUAUGAAUGCUGCCAACGUUGUCAAUGCGGGAAAGAUCUGGCGAAUGUCUCUCAUCGAACGGCAGGCAGAACUUUCUCGAUGGCAAGGAGACAUGCUCAAGGAACACGCCCAUGUUGUAUCGACUGCUGGACGGGAGUACAACCAAUGCCUGGCGCGGAUUGAUGCCAAGUUUGCGGAGAGUGACACUGCAGUCCUGCAAAGUAAGCGUAUCAUUGGAUGCACGACCACUGCGGCGGCGAAAUAUCGUGAGCAGAUCAAUGCUACGCGUCCAAGUAUCGUUUUGGUGGAAGAAGCAGGAGAAAUUCUCGAGUCGCACAUCCUCACAGCUCUCAGUGCAAAUACAAGACAGCUGAUUCUCAUCGGAGAUCACAAGCAGCUGCGCCCGAAAGUAAACAACUACAACCUUACGGUCGAAAAGGGCGAUGGAUUGGAUCUCAAUCGAUCUCUCUUCGAGCGUCUCGUACUGAAGGGAUAUCCACACAAGACACUGCGCCAACAACAUAGGAUGCGGCCAGAAAUUUCGGACCUUGUCCGGAAAUUGACGUACCCUGACCUCCUAGAUGCUGACCGAACGAAGAACCGUCCGAAUCUGCGGGGCGUCCGUGACAACGUCGUAUUUAUCAACCAUGAUAAGCCCGAGGGCGGGCUUCCGCAACUUCUAGAGCAGGAGGACAUGGCUGCGAAGGCCUCGAAACAAAACAUCUUCGAGGUGGAACUAGUUUUGAAGAUCGUCCGGUAUCUGGGGCAGCAAGGUUACGGAGCAGAUCAAUUAGUAAUCCUAACACCAUAUCUUGGCCAGCUUCGUGCGUUGCAGCUAGCGAUGAAGGACCACGAUCCUCUGCUAAAUGAUUUGGACUCGUUUGAUCUCAUUCGUGCCGGGCUGUUCUCUCCACCUUCCGCAAAGCACACACGGACUCCCAUUCGUCUAGCAACAAUAGACAACUACCAGGGGGAAGAGAGCGACAUCGUGAUAAUCUCUCUUACGAGGAGCAAUACGAGCCAUGAUAUCGGGUUCAUGUCUUCUCCGGAGCGCCUGACCGUCCUGCUCUCUCGUGCACGGGAUGCGCUGAUCAUGGUCGGCAACGCGGACACUUUCACGCAGGCUCGAAAGGGCAGCGAAUCUUGGAAGAUGCUGCUGAGCUCGCUCAAAAGCAAGAACCAUAUCUACGAAGGUUUCCCAGCAAAAUGCGAGCAACACCCAGAUCAAACCAUGCUCCUUAGAUGUGCUGAAGACUUCGACAAGGACUGCCCACAAGGGAGGUGCCGAAACCCUUGCGGCAUCAUGCUAGGAUGCGGCAUCCAUGGCUGCACCCUCAUAUGUCAUCCGCGUUCAGACCAUCCCGGUAUGCAGUGUGAGGCAGUCGUCGACUCAUUCUGUCCGAAGAAUCAUCCAUGGAGCUAUACUUGCCAUCAGGGCCCGCCUCUCUCCUGUGACAAGUGUGAUGAUGCUGAGAGGCUCGAAGAGCAUAAACGACAGGAGCAAAGGGAAGCAUUCGGAUGGGCCACCCGUGAAAAACGCCUGGCAGAGAUCAAGGAACGAAUGACCCGUGACAGGGAAUCCAAGCUCCGGAGCGUCACCACUUCCCCAUCUUCUCUACCCCUCUCUAGAUUGCUGACUCCCGCUGCUAAGCCAUCUUCAAAUUCAAUCUCGAGUACGAUCGAAGCGUCAAAGCGCAUUGCCACGAUACCUUCGAGCUCGGCCUCUGCGAACAGCUCACUAUUGCAGUACAGGAACAUGUCACAAGCACUGCCUCUCCCUCUUGCACCCGAACCUGAACCCGACAUUGAAUCGACAUCACGGUGGAUCCAAGAUGUAACCUACACAGCAAAGAAAAAUGAUGAAGCGAGACGUGCACAGCAGGAAGAAGUGCCAACGCGAGAACGUCAGGCCGCCGGCAUGGUGACGCAGCAGGCAGUCCACAGAGCGCGUCGGGCGCAAGUGGAAGCGGAGAUUGCUGAGCGGACAUCCGAGUCUCAGCGCCAGGCGCAGCUGAAAACGAAGAUUCCCAAGAGAACAUCCGAUUCUCAGGGUCAGGAUCGCUACCACGAGUGGAUUGAGCGUGAAGCAAGGAUACGAGAGUGGAGGGAACAAGAGGCGAACGUCGCGAGAAGAGCCACUGACUGGGAAACGGAACGAAAGGAGGCAAGACAAAGAGAGGAGGAGAGGAAGCGUCGAGAGGAAGCGCAGACUACGGUCCCUAGAAAAGGAUUGCUUUCUACACUGUUUGGCGGCUGGUUCAGAUGA